UUCGCUGCUUCAAUUCUCGCUUUGAAUCUUCGCUUCUUGACUGCUUCCUCCUCUACUCUUCACCUCUUGCUUCGUUCCGCUCCGCACUUCCCCUUCCCUCCCCCCUCCAAAUUUGUUAAAAUUCGUUUUCAACUGAGAUAUUCAGUCUGUUGGAAAGACCUGUCUACUUGUUUGAAAGGUCGCUUUGAAUCGGCUCAGUGACGAGCAUAGUUGGUUGUUUGCGCGGGAGGUGAUAUUAGAGGAGUUCAUUGUUGUACAGUGUUACUGCUAUUGUGUGUUGCCUAGAGCUGAGGCGAGAGGUUUUGGUGAGGCGUUCUUCUUUUUUGGUUAAGUGAAUUGCGUGCGCGUGGGAAGAUGAACGCCUCGAAUCUAUUGAAGGCCGUGUUGCGGCCUCGAGCCUUGUCUGCUGCUUCAAGGCAGCGAUCUGUGAGUGAAGGGACUAGGGAGCGACGUUCUUUGUCGCCUGACAAUCGGCUGCCUUCUUCUACUCUUGUGUCUAAGAAGUCGCCAGCUUCUGCCCCCGUCGUGAAGAAGACGACGUGUAUGUGUUCCCCGACCAAUCAUCCCGGCUCGUUUCGUUGCCGAUAUCACAGGGAGAUGGCUGCCAAAUCCGCGGCUGCAGCGGCGUCGAUACCGAGAGGACGAAGCCCAUCCCCGGCAUCUCCUUCCUUCAAGCGAAGUCAGAGCGAAAUGCUGAAUAGUGUCGUCUUUAGUGAAGUUAAUCGCACUCUCCCCGGGUGUGCUUCUCGGACGUCCAGGAGUCCCACGGGAAGGACGAGCAGGCUUCAGAAGAUGACAAUGAGCACCGGUUUUGAAGAAGAAGAUGAGAUUAUGUGCUUGAUAGCCAAUGAUGUACUACGGAGUCCCAAAGCAUCCCCAAGUAUCCGAGGCUUGCCAUCUUCAGAUGGGACACGUUCUUCGGCUUUUUCAUUUAAGGCAGCCGCCGAAAUAGAGAUUCCAACAAUGUUCUGCCAAAGCACAUCUACGGUUGCUACAGAUAUCUUCAGUCGCAGCAUGAGUAGAAUGUACUUGUGACAUGAAUUUUGGGUCUGCAGAUUUAAUCAUGAUAGCGUUACUGGGUAUUCUUAGACUGUGUAAAGUACUGGUGCACUGUACCACUUCUCGAAUCGACUCUGUACAUACAUCGUCUGGGAACUGGGAUAUGAGGAGCAUUUGGGAUCGCCUUAUUAGGAACCAAUGAAAAUAUUUGUAUACUGCGGGUAAAACUCCCCAACUUCAAAAGUAGAUAGAAUCUUUGGGAAGACUCAAAAGUCUUUCUCACGCAUCUCUUGAGUAAAGUAUAUGGAUCUUGCGCUCCGUGGAGGAGUCGGUACAUAUCUAGCAGGCUGGGGAUUGAAUAGUUUCUCUAUGAGCCAUUUAUAAUCUGUUGAAGGAGAUUAGGGAGCCUAGUUUUCUUGUGGACGAAGCAACGGAGAAUUAUUACAUGCUUGAGCAUCAUUCAUGCUCUUCGACACUC